UUACUAGUAGAAACCUAGUCUAUCGUUUAUAUUUCUGAGAAACGUUGUUUUCUCUUCGAAAAUCGUAUUGUUUCUGUCGACCUAGUUUGCAUGCAAAUCAUGUGAUUUCCGAGAAAGCACUCUCGUCUUCUCUACGUCUUCCAGGAAUUGACUCUAAUUGCUUUGAGUCUGCGCAGUAUCGUGAACACUUUGAAUGUGCUUAACUUGCAACUUCGGUAUAUAUUUAAAGUAUUUUCGCUUGAAUUCUACGGUUACACUGAAACAAACAGGACGAACGUCGUGAUCGCUCAUGUAUAUUGCACCUUGUUUGAGAAUGUUUUAAACUCUCUCUUGUCAAACUGGGUGUAUGUAUUAGCAUGGCGAAUCGUCGAACUCAAGGCCCGAAGCAAAAAUUUCCGUCUAAACCGAAAGACAUUGUACUGAACGUAAACAUCUGGGAAGAUCGCAUUCCAACAAGCAGUAAUCAAGGAAGUCACAGUAGCCUUGAAGAGGUCGAAAAUUAUUUCCGAGCUAAUAAUUUUCAAGUGGAGAAAGCCCAUCAACCGGUAACGGACUCUAGAAAUAAUGCUAGAAACAUAAACAUCAAGUUGAAGACGAGAGAUCACGGCUACUUGGGAAAGUUUUUCGAGCAUCUUCGGCGACAGUGGUGUUCCUCUAUCUGUCGUCGUGGAGAUCCAUUCUGGUUGGAAUCUGGUGAAUCCGCCAAAAACACUUUCAAAUACAAAUCGGACGGGACAAGACAAGUGCUGCAAGCUACUUCCUUUAGCUUUGGAAGUUUCUUCGAUCGCGGAACCUACAUACGACAUUGGUCUAGUGAUGAAAAUGCACCCGACAUUGAAGGUGGAAAUAUUCAAAGCGAGUUUGAGCACGAUACGAAAACUCUGGCGAUCACAUUUUUCAAAGCAGGCUUUCCGGAAGGAAACAAGGAAGUUCGCAUUGAAAUGGAAUACAGGCAACUCGAGAAUUACGUUGUCAUAGAUGAAAACUUGCACCAGGGAACAAUCCACUUUUAUUUCCCACUUCAGUGGCCGCCAAAAGUAUCUGAAGAGGUAACCGUCAGCGACUACACAAACUUUGAUCGUCUCACCAAGUUCCUUGGUUGUAGUCGAGAGGUUCUUGGAUCCAGUUCAGUGUUGUGUUUGAGCUUUCCACUGAAUCAGGGAUUUGACAGAGACGAGGAAGACUCAGCGCUUGGGCUAAUGGCCGGCCUUUCGCUGAAAGGCUUUUCUAUCUUCUUCGCCGCCAUGAAGACAAAAUCUCCUCGAGGGCCUACAGAGAUUCCAAGGAAACCUGCGUUAUCUGACCACAAGAUCAUGUAUGCGUUGGAAUGCUUGUUGUCUCGUGGCUUCAAAAUACGUGAUCGUAUUUCCAGAAAGUUUUAUGACUUGUUACGAAAGGCGACGGACAGGUACGAGUCACUCCUUGAAAAUAAUCUUGUAUCACCCGAGAAGGUUAGCAGAGCUUUGUACAGAUUGGUGAGUUAUGCAGAGUCUGACCGUUUUUGUCCACUAGAGUAUUAUCUUGAAAGCCUGUUGUAUGGAGACAUGAAGCAUUUGACGGCAUUUGAAUUCGAACUGCCAAAGCAUUAUGUUUACGUACCUCGGCUUAUCGUAACUCCAACCCAGAAUUACCUUCUGCCUGCGGAACUGGUAGCGGAGAAUCGAGUAAUCAGAGAGUAUGGCCACGAGGAGGCAAUGCGAAUUGCAUUCAGGGAUGAGGACUUUUCCAAGCUCGCUUCAACGUACCCAGAGGGCCUUAGAUACGUGUUGAAAGAACGCGUGUUCGACCUACUAUCAAACAACAUAGAGAUCGCGGGGCGAACCUUUGAGUUCCUGGCUUGCUCCAAUAGUCAGUUACGUGAUCAUGGCGCAUGGCUUUACGCGACAGACGGCCAGCACCAAGCCGCUGACAUAAGAGGAUCGCUGGGACAGUUGAAUGAGAUCAAAUGCGUAGCAACCUAUGUUUCUCGUAUGGGUCAGUGCUUUUCAUCCACAAAGGAAGCAGUUACAGUCAGUAUUGAAGUGGGAUGCACAGUGGAAGAAAUUCCAGAUGUAGAAGUAGGAUACAGUAACGUGUAUUUCAAAUGCUGCAACAAUUUGAGAUCAGGGACAUACACCUUCAGCGAUGGAGUAGGAAAAAUCAGCAGGGCUUUGGCUAGGAAAGUUGCAGAUAGCCUCGAUCUUGAUCCAAUUCCCUCAGCCUAUCAGAUUCGUUUCGGUGGUUGCAAGGGGAUGUUGGCAAUUGACCCCAGACUUCCGCAAGGAGAGGACCAGGAAAUUCUGCAGUUCCGAAAGAGCAUGAAUAAAUUCCCGUCAUCCCACUCCGCUCUAGAGAUCUGUGAGGCAACUAAGCCAAAUCUUUUGUACCUUAAUCGUCAGUGCAUCAUUCUCUUGAAUGGGCUCGGAGUUCCUGACGAGUCAUUUAUCAGUCUGCAAGAUAACAUGCUUCGUAGCCUCGCCUUGAUGCUGCUCUUUGAAACAGUAGCGCUGGAUACUCUUCGUCACGCAAAUAUCCCCGGUGGAUUGAAAAUAACAGCUUUGUCACGCAGUGGUGUCAAUUUCACUCGAGAACCGUUCUUCCGUUCACUGCUCACGGCAAUCUAUAAGAGCCGGUUGGGCGACUUAUUACGGAGAGCCAGAAUUGCUAUCCCAGAAACCCAUGGCCGCCUACUGAUGGGAGUCAUAGACGAGACAGGUUCUCUGGAAUACGGGCAGGUUUUUGUUCGUUACUCCAAGUUGGUGAAUGAACCAGGAAAAGAUAUGAUAACACUCAAAGGCAGAGUGGUAAUCAGCAAGAACCCUUGUUUUCACCCAGGUGACAUGCGCACAUUUGAAGCCGUUGAGGUUCGAGUUCUGCACCACUUGGUUGAUUGCAUUGUGUUUCCCGCCAAAGGUCCCAGGCCUCACACUGACGAAAUGUCUGGCUCAGAUCUCGAUGGAGACAAAUAUUUCGUCACGUGGUAUGACAAGCUGCUCCCACCAAAAGAAAAUGUAGACCCGAUGGAUUUCACAUCACCAGAAAAAAUAGUUUUGCCAAGACCUGUAGAAGUAUCCGACAUGAUUCAGUUUGUGGCAGAUUACAUCAAAAAUGAUCAACUUGGAAUCAUUGCAAAUGCUCAUCUUGUACAUGCAGACCAUGACGAUGAAGGCAUAUUUUCUGAUGCGUGCAUCAAAUUAGCCCACAUGCACUCCGAUGCUGUAGAUUUUCCAAAGACGGGAAAGUGCCCGACUCUUCCUAAGGAGCUGAGACCUGAUCAGUACCCAGACUUCAUGAUGAAACCCGGCAAACCCCGCUACAAUUCCCAACGAAUCCUGGGAAAACUGUUCCGUAAGUGUAAAUCACUUGACCGUGGCCAGCAGUUCUCGGGGGACGCUACUCAGACCCAGAUCACCCCUGAUCAAGACAUGAUCGUACAAGGCUACGAGCAAUACCUUGAAGACGCUAAAGCAGCGAGAAAUCACUAUAACACCAAAUUGGAGGGUCUUAUGUCUUUAUAUGGCUUGAGAAGUGAAGGCGAAGUGAUUACUGGCUGUCUUGUGAGGGUAAACACCCGUCUUUCUGGCAAAACCGAUGAGAAAUUCGAAGUGGCUCAAAUGAUACAGGCAAGUCUUUCAACACUGCGCUCGAAAACACGGCACGUUUUUUAUGACGAAUUCGGUGGUGAAGACGAGGUGAUGGAAGAGUUUGAAGAAAAUGGUGCUUUUAGCGAUGAAAUCCUGAUGAAAGCGUCUGCCUGGUACAUGGCAACGUACGGAGAAGACGACGAAGACGAGACUGCAGUCACUGAGGUGCAAGUGAGAGCAUCGUCCAAUGAAUUACUGAGAAAUCAACAACAGAGUGACGCAGGAGGUCCGAGCAGGCUGCUUAGCUUCCCGUGGGUUGUCGACCGAAUCCUGGCAAAGAUUAAGGACGCGAAGCAAACAGAAAGAAAAGAAAACGGAAUCCAGAAGCGACAUGCUCUCAGUGCAGUCGGAGACCUUGUUACAGCUCAAGCAGCCUACUUUUUUGAAAAGUUCCGAUCAGAUCUAUUGGAGGAUCGCGACAUGCGAAUUCAAGAACGUGACAAGUUACAGAGAAUGCUAAACCUCCUCCUUGGGGUAAACCAUGUUCCGCGCCUGUCUUUAUGUGAUACUUCGCUGACCGGAAUCUCCAUUGGUGACGAAGAGAGGCGCCGUAUUGAGAUUUAUGCGCAUUACAAGUGGAACGCCACUGAUCAAGAGCAGUAUCAAUACCUUCAUUGGCUGGGAACAGAAUUGACUCGAUCUGGCGAGGUUAAAAUACAAAGAUAUCCUGUUGCGUUGCGUUUUCAACGUACUCAAGGGUUAUUGAAACAGCAAUACUACAUCACAGCGGAUUCCAACAGACUGCUGAAGAGUGCGUAUGUCAGUAUUCAUGUUCAGCGGUGUCCUCGUCUCCUUCAUCUUCUACUGAUUGUAAUGCAUUGGGGCCGACGGCGGCAUCUUAAUGGCAACUUAAAACAUAGCUUCAUCUCAGACGAAAAUUUGGCCACUCUCUUUGUCACCUUUUGUGAAAAGUCUGAAUUCUUUUAUGAGAUUAGCCGCGACGAACUGCAAAACUUCAGUUCCAGUCUCCUCGGAUUACCAACCAGUACUGAACAAUCUGAAGCCGAGCGGUUGUGGAAUAUUGAAGUCCUGGGUGAAGCUUCUCAAGCGAGACUGAAAGGAUUCAGUGACGAAAACACUCCAGGUCACGUGCUAAUCAAAUUUUUUGAGCAUUACAGUACACAGGCUGACGAUGACCCGCUUCAUUUACGACUCAUGAAGAAUCCAGUGAAAAUCACUGAAAAGCUUUGUCCGGACGUCUCUCUAGAACAAAAUGGUCGCUUCUCUGACGCGGCGCUUCACGCAUUUCACGAGAUUGCGCAGUGCUGUGGCCUGGACAGUCUCACUGCGUCAAUUGAAAGAGAGAGCACACGCGAACUUCAAGAAACGCUGAACAUGCCAAACACGACUUGGGGCGCACUUCGAUUUGCUGAGGAGUUUGUCCGAGUCAAAUUAUCAGCACUGACGUCAGCACAGAUCACUUUACGACCUGCUCAAAAGUCCGCCGGCUACAUUCUUGAGGCAACGGGGGACUAUCUUACAUUACAUACUGUUCAGAAUGAACUGGAGAAGCUGGAAACAACCUGCACGUCAUACAUCUAUGACCACACCGUUAGUGGUGCUACAGGGUUCUUGUUCCUCGGCCAAAACGGACCAGAAGAUGCUGUUACUUUCAAAAAAUUACAAAGAGACUUUGCUGUCAACCUCAGUCCAAUACAUGCUCUCCUGUCGAGUCUCUCCGUUACUUCAACCGACGAUUUCGCAGAAAAAAAGUUCUGCAGCAUGCUCUCCUCCCAGCUGGAAGUCUUUAAACGUGAACAUCUUCCCUAUGUACACGGUACAGACAGACUGAAAAUUAAGGCGGAAUUUGGAAGCAUUUAUGUUGAAAACGUGCAAAUUCUUACGUCGCGGGUUGACAUCGUUGAGAACGCCUUGAGUCGGAGCGCAGAUCCCAAGAACCAAUCAGGGCAGGCUAGGAGACAGCUUUUGAUGAGACACAAGUUUAUACCAAUUUCGCGUGGGGCAGACGGUUGGACUGCAGCAUUUGAGGCAAGUUCCCUGGAGUCGACGGAUGAAACAUACACUCUUGGAAUAAAAGCAGGCAAGAAUCACAUUCUCGCUGUCAUUUACGACAAGGAUUUGAAGUUUUGCGAUGUUGAAAUUCCACCAAUAAACUGGGUCGUAGUUGACGUGAAAGCCCCGCGUCCUGCCAGAACGAAGUCACGUGAUAUUGAUUUCCGAGUUACCGUCUGUUCCGAGCGAAAACUCGAGGGGAAAGAGAAAGAGGAAGUUAUGAAGUCAGCAAAUUAUGAGGUAUUUAAGACGAAAUCUGUCAUCAGCAAGCAACCUAAUGGAGGUCCGGGAUUGGUUUUGGUAAACGAAUUCCUAAAGAAGGCUUCUUUUGUCCGCCAUGACAAAACGUCCAUGUAUCGUAUCUGCAAUGGAAAUCUGUCACUGCAAGUGAAAGAAGUCCAAAAAUAUGACGUAAAAGGAACAAGAUUCCUUAACACUCCCAGCAAAAUCUUCACCGAAUUGCAGAUAUGGGGGCAGUUCAACGGAAAAGAUGACGAGGAACUGGCGAUGACUGUUGCCAGGGACUUGUGGUCAGCAACUAAGAAGCUUCGACCACACAUUCACAGCUAAGAGUUCAGAGAGAAUAAUAUGAAUUUUACAGUUAGGCCUAUUUUCGCUGGGCGUAGGUAGGACACCAAUUAGAUCAUAUCUUUUUGAAUUUUCGAUUUUACCCAACGAUGCGCAUGUUAGCUUGUAGCAUUAUUUUACAUGCGGUUAAAUUCUCAGCUAAGGCUAUGCAGGACACCAUUGUAUUUCUUAAGAUUACCGUUGUAUUUUACCAGCCGAGUCCACAUGCUUGCAGCGUUAGUUGGUUAGUUUCAGGGCGUCAACAGUGGAGAUUGCUUGCGUUAAUUAUGUGCAGCGGAUCGAAAUUUGUUAACAUGGCCUGCAUAACAGUUAAUUCGAAAAAAUAUUUCAAUGAAUUAGAUGUUCCACUCAUAUGAUAAAAAAUGCUACGCUUUUGAUGACUUUACCUGAACUUUGUAAAGAACUUAAAAGUUGCAUUGCGUCAAAGAAGCAAGGCAUUAAGCUUACCCUUAACCUUUUCAAUUUUUUAAUAAAGUGAUUUAAUGGAAGUGAAUAGAUAUAUUUGAACCGCGGAAAAAAAUUAAAGACAUGAAUGAUGAUCGCCGUUAUAUACACAACUUCAUCAGUUGUGAAAGUGUGUGAAAUUUGUGAAAUAGAUUCAUUACCUCUAGAAAACAAAUUUAAUAAAGUGAAAGACACAUGCCGGUUCAGGGUCAUCAGAUCAUCGGGUGGUGGCCGCGAAACAACUCUCACAAGACAUUGUGUCAGGGUAGAUCAGUUUGAGAUAUGUAAUCUAGUUUGAAUUGGAGUUAAUUUCUUCUUGCUGCGUGAAAACAACCAGUAAGCAUUCUGAGAUUUCAUUUGUUUGUUUUGUUUGCAGGUUGUUUGCUUUCAAGAUAGAGAUUAGAUUAGUAAACGUGAGGUAAAAAUUCAUCUCUUUUGCAAAAAUACAACCAGAUGUAGCAAACAGUACUCGAUUUCAGUCUAGAAAUAUAUUUUAGUAUCUUUUUUUGUUGCAUGGACAUUUUCCCGACUUCCCACACGCCGAUUUAAGUCAAAAUGCCAAAAACCUGGCAUUCAAACUGAACAUGAUGUUCCAUCAAUCAACUUAUUUGGUGUAAAGUAUUAAGUUCUUGUUCUUAUAAUUUUAAUUUUUUAUGCGUUUUAAUAAAUCCUGUCAAAUUUUAA